GUUAUCAAAAAAUUUAAUUGAUAAGAUUCAAAAUUUUGAAAAAUUUGCUUUGAAAAAAUUGAAAAAACUAAAAAAUUAAUUAGUUUUUAAAGUUAACGAUUGCGGUUAUUUAUUGACGUAAUGUUUGCUUCGGAGUUCGACAGUGGUCUUGAGAAUAUUCCGUCCAAGGACCGUGAACCCGACUCAUCAUCAGAAAAGGAUCUUUCCAAGCCAAAAAAUAAACAGAAAUUUGCGAAGUCAAAAUCAGAGCAUGAAGACAAAUCGUACAAACCAUCUUUAUUUCGCAGAAAUCCCGAUUUGCCGACAUUCACUUUCAAACACGAUGUCGAACCUAUCAAAGAGCCUUUAUUCUCUGAGAAAUCAUUCAGUGAUUGUAAAGAGUUGCAUCCUCAUAUGAUAGCUAAUUUAGAGCAAACCUUGAAUGUAACCAAAUUAACGGCAAUUCAAGACCAUACUAUUCCUGUUCUACAAGCUGGUCAUGAUGCUUUAAUUCGUUCUCAAACAGGAAGUGGAAAAACGCUAGCUUAUGCUAUUCCUAUUGUUGAGAAAUUACACCAUAUUCGACCAAAAUUAACUAGACAAGAUGGUAUGAAAGUUAUGAUCGUGCUUCCAACUCGUGAAUUGGCAAUACAAACGUACGAAUGGUUCGUGAAAUUGGUCAAACCGUUCACGUGGCUCGUUCCUGGACUUUUGAUUGGCGGCGAAAAACGUAAAUCUGAAAAAGCUAGAUUAAGAAAAGGCAUAACAAUAUUGAUCGGAACACCUGGAAGACUAUUGGAUCACGCUAAAAACACCAAAUGCGUUUCGUUUCAAUAUUUAGAGUGGCUCGUUAUCGAUGAAGCUGAUAGACUGUUGGAAUUGGGUUACGAAAAAGAUAUCACUAGUUUAUUAGAAAUUUUGGAUAAUCAAGUAGAACAGCAACGUAAAACAGUUUUAUUAUCUGCGACACUUACCAAGGAAGUUGAAAGAUUAGCUAGUCUAUCGUUACAUAAUCCUGUACUCGUCGAUGUUACUAAUACAGAUUUAGAAGAAAUUAACAAAGCUGCCAUGGUUAUACCAGAUUCGUUAUCUCAGCAUUAUAUCGUUGUACCACCCAAACUGAGAUUAGUUACUUUAGCUUCCAUAUUAUUGGACAAAUGUUCGAAAUCCACCGACGAAGGAAAAAUAUUGGUAUUUAUGGGCACCCAAUCUAUGGUGGAUUAUCAUACAGAAUUAUUUUCUACCGUACUUCCAGAUAUCAAUUUUUAUAAAUUGCACGGUAAAAUGACCCAAGUAGAAAGAACAGAGGUUUUUAAAUCAUUCAGAUCUUACGAAAAUGGUGUUUUAUUAUGUUCUGAUGUUGCUGCUCGUGGUUUGGACUUGCCCCAAGUUGAUUGGAUUGUUCAAUAUAAUGCUCCGAUAACUGCCAGCGAUUACGUUCAUCGUGUGGGUCGAACAGCCAGAGUUGGCUCGAAAGGAUUUUCACUUAUCUUCUUAGCUCCUCAUGAAAUUAAUUUCAUUUCAAUGUUACAAGAUCAUCGAGUAAAAAUUACAGAACAGAAAAUGGAAACGUAUCUUCAAAAUUUAGCAACUUUAAAUUUCGCUGGUGACACCGAGAAGAGAAGUAUGGAAUCAGCAGCGACAACAUUGCAAGUUAGAUUUGAAACAGCUCUAAAUGAUCAAGAACCGUUGCUCGUCUCCGGUUGCGAAGCAUACGUGUCAUGGGUUCGCUUCUACGCAUCGUAUCCAAAAGAAAUGCGUAACGUGUUCAAUUUCAAAGAACUUCAUCUGGGACAUUACGCCAAAAGCUUCGCUUUAAUUCAUCCUCCUAAAGCUAUCAGUGGUAUAGGAAAACCGAAAAAUUUUAAAAAAACGAAAAAUAUCGAACGUCCUUAUAAUAAACUUUCCUUCAACAAGGAUAUUCCAGUCAAGAGGAAAGCAACUAGUAAUAAAAUUGACGAUAACGAAUUCGGUAGCGGAUUGAAAUUUAAACGUAAGAAGAAGGAAGAAGAUGUUGUGUGAGUUUCGGAAUAUUUUACCUACUAAGUAUGUAUUUUGUGUUAUUCAUUUUUUUUAAAAAAGAAAAAUUACAAAAAUUUUGUACUUA